AUGGCAUCAAAUAAAAAUGUUUCAAUGUCGACAGUGAAUAGACACAACAUUGUAAAUCAAAAUAGAUACCAUGUUAAAGAAGUUCCUUACUAUAAUUUUGAUAUUCUUGAUUUUGAUGAUGAAAAUGAAAAUCAUUUGACUGAAGAACAACGAUGGAAUAGAAUAAAAGAAGAAUUUACUUUCGAUUAUAAAUUUAAUAAUCUAGUUGAUAGUUUAGAAGCAAACGAUGAUGAUAAUGAUGAAGAAGAAGAAGCAGAAUUAACAGAACAAACAUCAUUCAUAAACGUUAAUACAAUCAAUCUUGAUAAUGAAAUAUGUGAAGAACAAGUGUUAUCACAACGAUUAAGUCAAUUAUCGACAAUAGAUCAUUAUGAAUCUGAACCAUCAGUCGUAGCUGGAAAAAGACGACGAUUAUCAUUGAUAUUGACCACAUUAGAACCAAUUACAAAACGAGUGCGAACAACAACAACAACAACAACAACAACUGUUAAUGUUAAUAGAGAGAAAGAUGAUUCUAUAUAUGAUUAUUUAUUAACAAAUAAUAAAUUAUUUGAUCAAAUGAUUCAAAAAAUUGAUAUUAAUAUUAGUGCAUAUGACAUCGAUCAUUUACGACAGAUUGCUUUUUUCUCACAUAAAAUCAAUCAUUUGAAUCUUCUUCAUAAUGUAUGGUCUGCUUAUUUACAAUAUGGUACUGGUCAAAUAAAUGAUCAUGAUUACGAUCAUGAUGUACAAGAAAUAGAAAGUAUAGUAGUCGAUGUUGAUCGACGAUAUUGGCCACAAGAAGUCAUAUCAGAAAUGUUAACAAAAGAAAAUAUUACUGCAGAACAACUAGUUCAACAACAUUUACAUGACUAUGAAAAUUCCAUAAAUGAUUAUGAAAUAAAAAUGAAUAAUAUAAAAUCUCAUCUUAAUUGUUGGUCACUUGAAAUGGAACAAGCAAUACAAACAUUUGUUUGUCAAUAUAGUACUACAUCACUUCAAAUGAAAUAUGAUGCUAAAAUAUUUCUACUAAAAUUUCAAUAUAAAGAUGAAAUACUUCAACGUAAAUAUCAACAACUUCAACCAACUGAUUAUCAGAAACAAAUAGCAAAACAAUUGUAUGAUUUAGAAAUAAAUUUAGAAACAGCAAAAUCUAGAUUAAUCCAAUAUCAAAAACGAGUUCUCUAUAAUAAACCACCAAUCUAUUAUGAUUGUUUACAAAUUUCACUUCCAUCAACUAUCAAUACUAUAUCAAAUUUAUAUCUGCGUCAACAAUUAUUAAAUCGAUAUAUUAACUUAAUUCAACAAACAAAAACAGAUCUCAUGACUAUUGAUCUAGUAGGAAAACAAGCAUUAAUCUAUGACUAUCAAACUAGAUUUGAUCAAAUAAAAAACAGUAUGAAAGAAAAUAUUCAAGAUAAACAAAUGACUUCUUCGUUGACAUCUUUAAUUCAUCAACGUUCAAUGAAUAUGAAGAAAAAAAUUCAAGAAAAGUCAAAUAUUAUAAUUAAUUAUUGUAUACAAAAUUCAUAUGAUCAAUUACAAUACUUUGAAAAAUCAGAAGAUAAGAAGAAUUUUAAACGACUAGGUUUUUUACCACAUCUUAUUAUUGAUCCAACGAUUACUAAUAUCUCUUCUCAUCUAACGGAUCAACAAAUAAAAAUACUAAAUCGUGGACCAACUUAUGUUGCACCAGGUCAAUUACAUAUUUCAUCUCCAUUUCAAACACUAGAUCAAAUGAUUAUGAAACAAUAUGCACCAUUGAGACAUCAAUUAGCAAUUAUAUUUGAUAAAUAUCAUAUUAAUUUAUCACGUUCAGCAAAAAUUCAAAAUGAUGCACAUACAAAUAUGAAAAAAUUCUAUUCGAUUCCAUUACCAGAUGAUAUUUAUCAACGUGCUAUGUAUGAAAAUCAACUUAUUCACAUGAUUCAUCAAUCAUUAAAGAAAAGUAAUGUCAUUCUACGAAGAACGGCUGAUCAAAAUAAUCUAUUUUAUCUUGGUAAUAAAAACGAGUUCAUAAAUCUAUCAAAUCAAUAUAUGGAAAAUAAUACUGAUGAUUAUAAAAUUCUUUUUGAUAUGAAUCAAAUGAAUGUGGAAAAAAUACAAGAACAAUUAAAGAAAAAAUAUGCAUUGAUUAAUUGUGAAUUAGAAAAAUUAUUUAAUAAGAAAAAAAACAAUGAAUAUCUAUAUAGAAAACUUCGAAUUCAUAUUGAACAUAUUAAAAUACCAUAUCUCUACUUUUUACCAGAUGUUUCUACGGAAAAAUCUAUUCAAGUAAAACCAAUGAUUAUAGCACAUCGUAGUGCAACAUCGAAAAUAGCUCAAUAUCUUAAACAAUUACUGCGACCAUUAGUUGUUCGUUAUAUACAUCAAAGAGUAUUUGUUAAUGAAGCUGAUUUUAUCCAAAAACUUCUUGCUUAUACAGAAAAAGACCGUCAUCUUCAUUCAACUACUUUAUUUGUCAAAAUAAAGAUUACUAAUUUUUAUAAUAUGGUAUCACAUAAGACAAUGAAUGAUACAGUUGGUAGCUUAUUACAUAAUUCUCUAGCUACAAAUAAAAUUCAUUAUACAUCAAUUCUUUCGAAUCAAACUCAAACAAUCUCAAUUAAUACGAUUCAAAAAUUAAUUGAAUUAUAUCUUGGAAAUAAUAUUUUUUAUUAUAAUAAUAAAAUUUAUGAAUUUAUUCAAGGUAGUCCAAAUAGUUUAUUAUUAAGUGAACUAUUAUCUAAUAUUUAUUUAAAUUAUUAUGAAUCUAAAUUACAUAACGAUCCAAGAUUAAAAACAGAAUUAUAUGGCAGAUAUAAAGAUCAAAUUUUUUUUACAUGGAAUAGCUCAAAAGAAGAACUUCAAGCACUUCUUCAAACUACGAAUCAAAAACAUUCUAAUGUUCAUAUCGAAGCAUCGUUUGGUAGAUCUAUUCAUUUUUUAAAUGCACAAAUAGAAAAUCGUAAUGGUCAUUUAUAUACAAGUGUUUAUCAUGAUAAAACACAAAUAUCAAAAUAUAUUUUACCAUAUGUUGUUCGUGAUACUAAAGCACAACAUGGUCAUUGGUUUCGAUCUGCUCUAAUACGAGCAGUUCGUUUUUGUUCAAAUUAUAUUGAUUUUAUUGAAGAACAAAGUUAUCUUCAAAUGUCAUGUUUAGCAAAUGGUUAUUCCAUCGAUUUUAUUGAAAUACAAUUGAAACAUGUUUAUAGUCGUUUUAAUGCUGAAAAAAUUCGAUUUUGUCUUGAUCAAACAGUUUAUCAACGUCUUCGUCAACGAGUAUUAGUUUUUAUUGAUGAACAACGUAUAAUGCUUGAUAAAAAUCAAGCAUUAGAAGAUCAAGAAUAUAUAUUUCAUUUGUCAUAUCGAUAUGAUUAUGGUUCAUCCUAUGCAUAUAAUGAGGAAUUUCAUAACACUUGGACAACUAAUUUGGAGUUUGAUCAACAAUUAUCACAUCCAAAUGCAAAAGUUAUUCUAACUCCAAAACAAAUUUAUUCGUUGAAUACUUUAUUAGCUGAAGAAAAAUCUUCGAAUGAAUUAUUCAAAAAAUCAUAA